AAAAUCACUUUUACUUUAGUCUUUGUCAGAAGCUUGUGUCUUAUUGUCUUAACUCGACUAAUAACGAAUAUCGUCAUUCAACAUGUUUUCGUCGUUUAUGGACGUUGCCCGAAACUCUCCAUUCAAGGCUCCUGCCUUGAAUAAGGUUGAAUGUCAAGAAGCAGGCUCUGCGAAGAAACUCUGUGCAAGCAGGAACAUCAUGGCAGCCGAUUCCGCGGAAGGAGAUUCCUGUGCCUUCGGUUCAACCAAAUACUUCAUGCUUUGCGGUUUGGGCGGUAUCAUUUCCUGCGGUUCAACUCACACAAUGGUUGUCCCCUUGGAUUUGGUUAAAUGUCGUAUUCAAGUCGAUCCUGCCAAGUAUAAGAAUAUUUUCCACGGAUUCAAGGUAACCAUGGCUGAAGAUGGCGUCAAGGGUCUUUCCAAAGGUUGGGCUCCCACGUUCUUCGGUUAUUCCGCACAAGGUCUCUGCAAAUUCGGCUUGUAUGAGGUCUUCAAAGUUUUGUAUCAUGACAUGAUUAGCGAAGAAAGUGCUUACCUGUAUCGUACGGGCUUGUAUUUGGCUGCUUCAGCUUCUGCUGAAUUCUUCGCUGACAUCGCAUUGGCUCCCUUUGAAGCUGCCAAGGUAAAGAUUCAAACGACACCCGGAUUUGCCAAUACAUUACGCGAAGCAUUCCCCAAGAUGCACGCUGAAGAAGGUAUCAUGGCGUUCUACAAGGGCUUGGCUCCAUUGUGGAUGCGUCAAAUCCCGUACACAAUGAUGAAGUUUGCCGCCUUUGAGCGUACCUUGGAGUUGUUGUAUCAAUAUGUCGUCCCCAAACCACGUGCUGAAUGCACAAAGGGCGAACAACUUGUCGUAACAUUCGCUGCGGGUUACAUUGCUGGCGUUUUCUGCGCUAUUGUGUCACAUCCUGCUGAUACUGUUGUGUCAAAGUUGAAUCAAGCGAAGGGAGCAUCAGCUUUGGAUGUCGCUAAACAACUUGGAUUCGCUGGAUUGUGGGGAGGUCUUGUGCCUCGUAUCAUCAUGAUUGGUACCUUGACAGCUGCUCAAUGGUUCAUCUAUGAUGGCGUCAAGGUCAGUUUGAGAAUGCCUCGUCCCCCACCCCCAGAGAUGCCCGAGAGUUUGAAGAAAAAGUUGGCUGCUCAAGAAGCUGCUGCUGCGAAGAAAUAAAUUUUACGAUAAGCUUUACAUCUAAAUCUUUACUCUUAACAUCUUUCUCGACACUUACCUGAACAAAAAAAAAAUCAAAAUUUCAUCCUAUAGAAAGAUUGUAUUCUAUUUUCUUGAAUAAAUCAAUCUUAAUGAUAAUUUAAUUAAAACACAACUCUUCUUAA